AGUGUUGUUAAGAUUUUUUAUUUUUAUAUAUUUUAUUUUCACUUUCACUGUUAUUAUCGUCAAUUUGUCAUGAGUUCCUUUAUCCUCAUCCUCUUGUUGUAUCACAACUGAAGUGAGAUAUCAAACAUUCAAUACCCCAAAUUCUAGUUCUAGAGAAAGCAAAGUUCUUUGAUUUGCCUUCCACCCCCUUAAUUUCCUUAAUUAACCAACUGGGAAAUUUGGUCUAAUUGUGAUUCAUUCUCUUUGGGGGGCUUUUGUGGAUUAAGGUUAGUAUUUGCUUGAUUAGGGAAGUCUUUAUGUGACCUGGGUGGAAUGAUUCUGUGUCUGCAUGUGUGAAUUCUGGCAAGGGGCAUUUGGUUUCUGGGCACUGUCCAAGAGUUGAAAUAUUUUUUCUUUUUCUUUAAACAGUUGCGGCUCCUGCUGAAGAUCAAGGAACUAGGGAUCUGAAGAUAAGAUAUGCAAUCUAAAUCUGAAACUGCAAAUCAACUGAGGUCUGAUCCACAUUCCUUUACACCUAACAAUGCUUAUUCUGAACCCUGGUGGCGAGGUAUUCAGUACAAUCCUGUCCCCCAAGCAAUGUUAGGAGUGAAUGCAUCUAAUUCAUCUUCACUUGAACGCCCUAAUGGUGAUUCGGAAUCCAGUGAAGAGGAUGAUGAUGCCACUAAAGAAUCACAACCCACUGCUCCUAAUCAAUCAGGAAAUUAUGGACAGGACCACCAAGCGAUGCAACAUUCUUCAUCAUCUGCACCUUUGGUACGUGAUGAUUGCCUUACACAGGCUCCACAAGUGGAACUUGUUGGCCACUCAAUUGGAUACACUCCUUUUAUAGGAAUGCCCCAUGCCAGAAUGGCUUUGCCCCUUGAGAUGGCUCAAGAGCCUGUUUAUGUGAAUGCCAAACAAUACCAAGGAAUUCUGAGACGAAGACAGGCUCGUGCUAAAGCAGAGCUUGAAAAGAAAUUAAUAAAAGUCAGAAAGCCAUAUCUUCAUGAAUCCCGGCAUCAGCAUGCUAUAAGAAGAGCACGAGGUAAUGGAGGGCGUUUUGCAAAGAAAACUGAAGUUGAGGCUUCAAACCACAUGAACAAGGAAAAGGAUAUGGGUACUGGCCAGGUCCCAUUGUCACGGUCAAUUAGUUCAUCUGGUUUUGGAUCACUACCCUCUGACUCUGCUGAGACCUGGAAUUCUCCUAGUGUGCAACAAGAUGCAAGAGGAUCUCAAGUGCAUGAGAGAUUUGAAGAACGCAACUAUGCAAAUGUUUUGCAGUCAUCAUCUACUUUUUGUUUGCACUCGGGUGAAAGAGUGGAGGAAGGGGACUGUUCAGGUCAACAACGGGGAAGCAUCUUGUCAGAGCACACCUCACAGAGGCGUCUUGCUAUUCAGUAAACCAUUGCAUGUGUUGAUGCUGAGGUUGGUAUAUAUAAUUGAGUGAACUAGUAGGUUGAGUACCUUGGCUAUCUAUCUGUAAACAUUGGCAAUUUGCAUGCAUGUCAAGCGGCAAAUCAUUCUUGGCUGGGUUUCAGCUGUUCAUGAUAUGGGGAGAAGAAUGAUUGAUUGGGCCAUCAUACUUGUGUUGUUGAAGUCUACCAGUCCUUCAUUAUAUCCUCUUUUUCAUUUUUUCUGUUUUUGUACAGAGAUAGUAGUUAGCAAAGUCAAGCCAACGGAUUAGAAGACUUGAUGAAACAAACUACUGACUCACUUUCCUCUGGCGGCUUUAUUUUAUGUUACUCACCGGUUAUUAAUGCUUAAUAUGAGACAUCAUAUGAGAAAUUUGCUGCAUGAUUGUAUUCACAUCCUCUUCGACAUUUUACCUU